AUAGUUCCUCAUCUUCAUUCCCUCCAAAACAACAUUGUUUCUGUCACAGUCUUUGAGCAAACAUAACGAUGGAAAACAGCCCCACAUCACCGCUUCUAUUCGACGAGGACGGUACUAAAUCCCCGAUCACCGUCCUCCCUCAUCCGUCAUCCUUUGUUGUCGAUGCUAAUGACAUACCUCCGAUCACUAGUAUUAAGGAUUUUUGUACACAAUUUCGAGUGGAGUCUAGAAAACUUUGGUACCUUUCUGCUCCAGCUAUUUUUACAUCCGUUUGUCAGUACUCACUCGGUGCCAUCACCCAAACGUUUGCUGGCCAUGUUGGAACUCUUGAUCUUGCUGCUUUUUCUGUUGAAAACUCUGUCAUUGCUGGUUUCUCUUUUGGUAUCAUGCUUGGAAUGGGAAGUGCAUUGGAGACAUUAUGUGGGCAAGCAUAUGGAGCAGGGCAGCUAGAUAUGUUAGGGAUAUACAUGCAAAGAUCUUGGGUGAUACUAUUAGUUACUGCUUUAUUUUUGAUGUUUCUAUACAUCUUCGCGACACCGUUGUUGAAAUUGAUUGGUCAAACAGAGGAUAUAUCAAACGCAGCUGGGGAAUUAGCUCUAUGGAUGAUACCACAACUAUUUGCUUAUGCCAUGAACUUUCCUAUCUCAAAGUUUCUGCAAUCACAAAGCAAAAUGAUGGUAAUGGCAUGUAUAUCAGCGGUCGUGUUCGCUCUGCAUACAUUUUUUAGUUGGUUAUUUAUGUUGAAAUUGGGAUGGGGGCUCGUUGGUGGAGCUGUGGUGUUGAACUUGUCUUGGUGGCUCAUUGUGGUGUCUCAGUUGAUAUACAUUUUUAGCGGGACAUGUGGUCGAGCAUGGUCUGGCUUUAGUUGGGUUGCGUUUCGUAACCUUUGGGGAUUUGUUAAACUAUCACUUGCUUCUGCAGUUAUGCUUUGCUUGGAAACAUGGUAUUUUAUGGCACUAGUGCUAUUUGCUGGUUAUCUUAAAAAUGCUGAAAUUGCUGUGGAUGCACUUUCAAUAUGUACAAACAUUGUGGGAUGGGUAGUGAUGGUAGCUAUUGGAUUCAAUGCGGCUAUCAGUGUAAGGGUAUCAAAUGAAUUAGGUGCUGCACACCCAAAAACUGCAAAAUUCUCGGUGGUGGUGGUUGUGGUUUCAGCAUUUCUAAUCGGCCUUUUGCUUGCCAUCCUUCUUAUUAUCUUCCGGAACCAGUAUCCUAGCUUAUUUGCAGAUAGUGCAGAAGUUCAAAAAGCAGUUUACAAACUUACUCCUCUCCUAGCAACUUGCAUUGUCAUUAACAAUAUUCAACCUGCACUUUCAGGUGUGGCUAUAGGGGCUGGAUGGCAAGCUGCAGUUGCUUAUGUGAACAUUGCGUGUUACUACAUAUUUGGAAUACCUCUAGGACUCUCUUUGGGUUUCGCAAUCAACAUGGGUGUACAAGGAAUAUGGAUCGGGAUGUUGACAGGAACAGUGGUGCAGACCUCGAUCUUGUUUUGGUUUGUUUACACAACAAAUUGGAAUACAGAGGCCUCCAUUGCUGGAAGGAGAAUUAAGGAAUGGGGAGGGCAUCAAAUUGCUACACCUGACCCAUAGAAUCAAAGGUUUAGAUUAAGGAUUUAACAACUUCGUACAAGAUGAAAAGUAGCGCAAAAUCAUCUCGGUAUUAUUAUUUUUUUUUAAAAAAGAAAAAGAUGGUGUGUCAAUAUAUUGAAAUAUCAUACUUUUUUUCUUUCUUUAUUCUAUUACUGAUAACCGGUACUCUCGUUGAAUGUGCAUUAUUUUUCGUCUAUUGUAUUGCUAUUCUUAUUAA